AUGAAUUCAAUUUCAGAAAUAAAUAGAUGUCUUUAGCAUUUAUUUCAUUAUUCUAACUAACCAUAAUAACCUAGUUGUAUCAUGUCUAUGAAGUCCUAUUAUGAAGAUUUCAUAAAUUUUGAUGAUUUUAGUUUCUUAGAACACUAACUUUAUCAAUUUGAAGAUUUGAAUUAUUCCAAUCGUAAAUAUUAAAUAUAAUUUAAGUUAGUUAAUGAGCCUCCUUUAUUAGAUUUUCAAUUUGAAGAUGAUGUUGUCUAUUAAAAUAAUUAAACUAAUUAAAUUGAUGAAGACAAUUUUCAAUCUCAUAAUCUUGAUCAAAAUCUUUCAAAUCAUAAUAACAAUGAUAAAUGUUAAAUAGCAUUAAUAUAGCUACGUAAUUUCAGAUAAAGCAUUAAUAAAGAAAUUCAUAUCAAAUAAGUUCCAUUAGAUAUAUUUACCAGAUAAAUCACUCCUAAAAGAUCUAUACCAUCACUUUUUGAUGAUGAACCAAAUUUAAAUACUUAAUAGAAACAAUUACAAAAUUAUAAACCCUUAAGAGAAAGAAUCUAAGAAAAAUUGUCUUAAAAAUAAAUUGAUAAAAAAUAAGAAAUGGAAUAAUAAGUAAUUCAUAAUAGAUUCUCAAAAGCUACUUAAAAUUCUGCCAGUAGAUAUCACUCUAAAAGUCCACAAUCUUAAUUUACUAAAGAAUUUAAAUAAAAAUUUAACUCUAUAAAUUCUAACUAAAAUUUAUAAUUCAAUCCAGAUUAGUUUAACAAUUUUCAAAGAUAAAAUUCUCAAACAAAAACAUCAUUAAAAUCUUAAAAAAUAAAAACUGAUUAAACUGUAAAAAUUAGAAUAGAUAUACAAAACUUUUAAGAGAAUCAUAAAAUAUAAAAUAAUUGCAAACAAGAAAAAGAAAAUAAAGUAUUAACUCCAUUAAAAAGUUAAAGUAAAAUUAAUUCUUAAGAUAUUGAUAUUCCAACCAAAAAUAAAAAAUAAAAUAUUAAUAACAGAAGUAAAAGUCCCAAUUAACCUUCAAAAAGUCCAAUAAAAACUCCAUAAAAAGAACAGUGCAAAUAUGUAAUUGUUAAUUUUUAUUAAAAAAAAUAUUGA